CGACCGUGCUUCGAGUCCAGGGGCGUAAAUGCAAACUUCCUCCAAACUCCGCCCCCAAAUCGUAAUUUAUCCGAAUCUCCCCGACCUGUUCCUUCCUUCUCCGACGUCUCCUUUGUCGCGCAGGCGGACACCGCACGCCAGCUCUCCCCAAUCCCCUCGUCGGAAUCUCCGCUGCCGCCUCCUUCCGAGAAAGCCCUAGACUCGCCGGACUCGCCGGACUCGCCGGACUCGCCGGACACGCCUCCCGCUCCGAGCCCUAAUUCGCGCCGGGACUCGCCGGGACCGCCCCCGAUGCCGGCGCCCGCGGCCGAUGCCCUGGCGCCCCCGCCGUCCCCCUCCGCCCCCGGCGACGGCGAGGGGUGGCCGGACGCGUGGUACGGCAACAUCCAGUACCUGCUCAACAUCUCCGCCAUCGGGGCCUCCUGCUGCGUGCUCAUCUUCCUCUUCGUCAAGCUCCGCAGCGACCACCGCCGCAUGCCGGGGCCCGCCGGGCUCGCCGCGAAGCUCCUCGCGGUGUGGCACGCCACGGGCCACGAGAUCGGGCGGCACUGCGGGGCCGACGCGGCGCAGUUCCUGAUCAUCGAGGGCGGGAGCUGCAGCCUGCUGCUGCUGAUCGCCGUCCUGUCGGUCUUUGUACUGUUGCCGGUUAAUCUCUACUGCGGGGAGGCGGUGUUGAAUGAUCAGUUCUCGAAGACGACGAUCAGCCACAUCACGAAAGGUUCGGGAUUGCUUUGGGUGCACUUCUUAUUUGUGGUCAUUGUUGCUGUUUUGGUGCAUUUCGGUAUUAAUGCAAUUGAGGGUAGAUUGAGGGUUACUAGAUUUAGGGAUGGAAAUGGGAACCCAAGUUAUCCGGGCGCGAGUUCGACUGCGAUAUUUACUGUUAUGGUGCAAGGUCUGCCAAAGACCCUGGAUAGCCAAGAAUUGCAGGAAUACUUUCAGCAUAAGUAUCCGGGGAAGCUUUAUAAGGUAAUUUUACCUAUGGAUUUGUGUGCAUUGGAUGAUUUGGCCUUGGAACUUGUUAGAGUUAGGGAUGAUAUUUCUUGGUUGGUUGCGAGGAUGGACUCGAGGCUUUUACCCGGAGAUGGUGAAGAUUUGGAAUGUGGGGGUGGUUUUUGGGAGGGAAUGAGGGCUAGGGCUGUUCGUAUCUGGAAGCAAGUAAAGCAUGUUUGGGAUCAGGUGGCUGAUAGAUUAGGUUACACGGACGAGGAUAAGUUGAGAAAGUUGCAGGAAUUGAGAGCUGAACUGGAGACUGAACUUGCCACUUAUAAAGAAGGGCGUGCACCUGGUGCUGGUGUUGCAUUCGUGAUGUUUAAGGAUGUGUACACAGCAAAUAAGGCUGUUCAGGACUUUAGAAGCGAGAAGAAGAGGAGAAUUGGGAAGUUCUUUUCAGUCAUGGAGUUGCGCCUUCAGAGGAACCAGUGGAAAGUUGAGCGAGCACCGUUGGCUACAGACAUAUAUUGGAAUCACUUGGGGUUGACAAAGUUUUCUAUGAGACUGCGGAAGGUACUUGUAAACACGUGCUUGCUCUUGAUGUUAGUGUUCUUCAGUUCUCCUCUCGCUGUCAUCAGUGCCAUAAACAGUGCUGGGCGAAUCAUUAAUGCGGAAGCCAUGGAUAAUGCUCAGUCAUGGUUGGCCUGGGUCCAGAGCUCGAGCUGGCUUGCUUCAGUUGUUUUUCAGUUCUUGCCAAAUGUCAUCAUCUUUGUGAGUAUGUACAUAAUUAUACCAUCUGUACUGUCUCAUCUCUCCAAGUUUGAGAGGCAUCUCACCAUGUCUGGAGAGCAGAAAGCAGCCCUUCUGAAGAUGGUGUGUUUCUUCCUUGUUAAUCUUAUCCUCUUGAGGGGUCUGGUGGAGUCGUCACUAGAAAGUGCUCUCCUUCGCAUGGGCAGGUGCUAUUUGGAUGGAGAAGAUUGUAAGAGGAUAGAGCAGUACCUUAGCGCAUCUUUUUUGUCAAGAUCAUGCCUAUCCUCUCUAGCGUUUCUUAUCACCUGCACAUUCUUGGGAAUAUCUUAUGAUUUAUUGGCUCCUAUCCCUUGGAUCAAAAAGAAGAUUCAGAAGCUUCGGAAGAACGACAUGCUACAGCUGGUUCCUGAGCAAAGCGAAGAUCGUCCCCUUGAACAGCAGGAAACAAAUAGUCUUCGGAGGCCCCUGAUAUCCGAGACUGUUUACGACACCCCUAGAUUCAGUGCUGUUGAUCUACCUGGCCAGGAUCUUACUGAAUAUCCGACCAAUAGAGCCUCACCUGUGCCGAAGCAGACGUUCGACUUUGCUCAGUAUUAUGCAUUUAAUUUGACGAUAUUUGCCCUGACCAUGAUAUAUUCCUCAUUUGCUCCUCUUGUGGUCCCCGUCGGCGCAGUCUAUUUUGGGUAUAGAUAUGUGGUCGACAAGUACAACUUUCUAUUUGUUUAUCGAGUUCGGGGGUUUCCUGCUGGCAAUGAUGGGAGGCUAAUGGACUCCGUGUUGAGCAUCAUGCGUUUUUGUGUCGAUCUCUUUCUCCUUUCAAUGCUCUUGUACUUUUCAGUCCAAGGCGACUCAACAAAGCUGCAGGCCAUAUUUACGCUUGGACUGUUAGUGAUGUAUAAGCUGUUGCCGUCUGAUGGCGAUAAAUUUCAGCCAGCCCUGUUGGAAGGCAUGCAAUCUAUCGACAGUGUGAUAGAUGGGCCUAUCGAUUACGAGGUGUUCUCACGCCCCAAAUUUGAUUGGGAUACUUAUUAUACAUAAUGCUGUUCUCCAGUGCUGUUUAUGAGCUCUCA